AUGCGCCAGCGCGGAUGUGCUUCGGUCCUGGGUGCCCUCGUGCUCGGGUCGCCGCGCCUGACCCUGCCGGGGGCGUGCGUCGAGCUCGGAGGGAACGCCGCGCUCUUGUCCGCCAGCGAGAUGAGCGUCCGGGCUCGCCUGGCGGCGGGUGGCGGGCGGCUGCACCGCCGCCGGAUUACGGGCAGGAGGCGUGGUGGCAUCCCCGGAGGCGUCGUUGCCAGCCCGGACGUGCAGGUAGACGCGGAGGAGGAGUACACCGGCAAGCGGUGGAACUUGGAGAGCCCCGACGGCGGGAGCAGCAAGAGCUUGAAGUGGCGGAAGAAGAAGGGCGGUGGCACCGGGGCCUUUAUCGGCGCCGUGCUGUUCGUUGGUCUGAUCGGGAGCAUGCCGGUCGUCCUGGCCUCCUUCGCGCACAAGCUCACCAAGACGCAGGUGCUGGAGAGUGUGCUUUUGUAUAUGUGGCUGAUCGGAGGGUUAUACUUGUUCACGAACGUUCUCAUUUUCCAGUCCCCGCACUUCGAGCAGCCGCGCACGCUGUCCAUGGAGGAGUCGGUCUACCUCUAUUCCCAGAUCCUAACAACAGUGGGCUACGGCGACAUCACCCCCGCCAGGCCGCGCGGCCAGCUAUUCAUAGGCGUAUUCGUGCUAGUCGCCCUCCUCUUGAUUGCGGGCAUGAUCCAAGAGCUGCUGGAGGUGUUUGAGGAACUGAUGGAGACUCGGAUCGAGAGGCUUAGCAAGGAGGCGACGCAAUAUCAGACUGCCUCCGUAGAGAAGGAAACGAGGCCAGUACUGCGGGAGGCGUUCGUGCCAGUCAUCUACUCGUCACUGGUGUUUUGCUGCUUCGUCGCUUUUGGGACCUUGUUCUUCAGUUUGUAUCCAGGGGAGGGGAAGACCACAGCCCAAGCUGUCUACAUGUCGCUCAUCACCCUCAGCACCGUCGGGUUUGGGGCUUUCACGCCCUCCACGCACGCAGGCAUGGUCGUCGGAGCGUUCUGGAUGCUCUUCGGGACUGCAUCCCUGGUAGCCGUGGUGACAAGCCGCGCGGCGUUCUCCAUGGCCCUCAAGAAGCAUGAGCUGGCCACAUAUGCCGAUUCAGAAGUGGAUCGUGGGUCUUCGGCGGGGUAUUCCGGAUCCUGCCACGAUAUCUGUGACAAGCCGGCGCCGCAGCAGUUCGAACCCACAAUUCGCGAAGUCAGCAUUCCGUUGCUCCGUGCGCUCGUGGCGCGGUCGAAGUGCGGUGAUACAGGAGUGGCGCACUGCUUUGCGGAGGGCGCGCCACUCGUCGGAGCGCUGCCGUCGACGGGGAAUGGCGCCCCUGCGCGUGCGGAGGGCGCUUGCCCGGACGUCGCCGCCCCGCCCUCGGGCGCGGCGGCGCGCGACCGAAAGAAUUUGAAGACGCUGCGCGCAGCCGAGGGGGCGAGCGCGCUCCUUGAGAAGACGCGCGAGGACGCCAGGCUGCAGCCGAGACUGAUCGCGCGGGUCAUCGGCGACGACGCGCGGUUGCUGCCGAGGCCCCCCGCGGCGCAGUGCAAGCCAGACGGGGGCGUCAAGAUCAGGCCCGUCGAUGACGGCGCUCGCGCCGGCAUUGCAGGGGCGACCGCGCCCGGGGAGAAACUCGUCGUGGACGGGGUCGAUCGCGUGCUUGCGGCGUGCCGCGCCUUCUUUGAGGCGCACGGCGUGGCGCCAGCCCUAUGGAAGGCGGACGUUGGCGCCGCGUGCAGGCGAAUCCCGCUCGCCCCAGGCCGCGCGUUCGCAGCGUGGGGCGCCUCCUUGGCGGACGGCCGCCUGUGGGUCUCGCGGCAUGUCGCGCUCCCGUUCGGAGCGUCGGGGCCCGUCUAUGGAUGGGGCCGAGUCGCCGCCUUCCUCGGGCACGCGGCGCUUGCUGCGGAUCCCCGCGGGCCGGCAUGCCCGGCCGCGCGCGGCCGCGGAGAGACGCGCGGGGAGAUGUCGGACGCGACGGUCUUCGCCCAUUGCGCGGGGGGCCUCCAGAUCGCCGGUGCGCUGUUCCGCGUGAGCGGUGCGUUUGCAAAUUUCUGCGGGCACUGGCGCACGGCGUCCGAGCUGCUGUCGGCGUCGACGGCCGCCUUCGGCGAUCGAUCCGCGAAGCGCGCGCGAUUGGGCAUCGCGAAGAGGCCGGCCUCCAGCCCGGGGGCGUCGUCCUCCGCGGCCUCCGCGCCGUGCGGGGGGGACCUCGACGUUGAGCUGGACGCGCGCCUGCUGUGCCCCGAGACAGCGAGGCGGGGCCAGGAACCGCUGCUGUCGCUGGGAGGGCGCGUCUCGGCCUCGCCCGACACGAGCAGGUCGCCGGCCCCAGCGAGGCCCGGCAACCCCGAGCCGUGGUCCCCGCCGCGCGCGGAGAGCUGCUGCCCAGACGCGGACCCGGGCUUGCCGACGGUGCACGAGGACAGUGCCGCCAGCGAAUGCGCGUCACUUUCCCCAAGGCCGGCGCCGCUGCUGCGGGAGGACCUGGACGUGGAGCUCGACGAGGCGCUGCUGCG